UAUGGCAUCGAGUUUUGACGCAAUAGAAAGUAAGAUCUUUAAUGAUCCAAUUCAUGGACAUAUGGAUUUUGAUCCUCUUCUAAUAAAGGUUAUUGAUACACCUCAAUUUCAACGUUUGCGACAUAUUAAGCAGUUAGGAAAUUGUUACUGGGUCUAUCCAUCCGCUAAUCACAAUAGGUUCGAACAUUCUCUAGGAACGUGCUAUUUAGCGUCUAAGCUGGUUCAAUCCCUUAAGAACGGAUUAGACAAUGAUUUAGAGAUUGAGAUAACGGAAAAAGAUAUAUUUCUCGUCUCUUUAGCCGCACUUUGCCAUGAUUUGGGGCAUGGACCGUUAUCGCACGCUUUUGAUGGUAUUUUCCUGGAAAAAUUGGAACUAAAAAAGAAGCAUGAAGAUUUAUCAGUUGAGAUGCUCGAUCGUCUUCUUAAGGAGAAUGACUUAAUACCGAAAUUCAAAGAGCGCUUCAACGAUUUUGACGACGAAGUUGAUAUAGAAUUUGUAAGAGAACAGAUAAGAGGUCCAAAAGAAAAUGAUGUUUUAAUAGGAUUAAAAGAUAAUAAAAAAAGAUUCCUUUACGAUAUCGUGUCGAACAAAGAAAGUGGAGUGGACGUCGAUAAAUUUGAUUAUAUCGCAAGAGAUUGCCAUCAUUUAGGAAUUAAAUCAACUUUUGAUCAUUCCCGUUAUAUUAAACUGGCUAAGAUCAUUAAGUCUGGUGAUUCUUAUAAAAUAUGUAUCAGAGAAAAGGAAGCGAGAAAUAUUUACGAACUUUUUCAUAUGAGAUUAGUUCUACACGACAGGGCGUAUCAGCAUAAAACAUGCAAAGCUAUUGAAUUAAUGAUGAUGGAUGCUCUAUACUCGGCCAAGGACCAUAUUAAGGUUAUCACAAGUAAUAAGGAAUUAAAACUUGAGGAAACAGUUAACAAUGCCGAGGCCUUUGAACAAUUAACCGACAACACCAUUUUUGGUUUACGUUAUACGACUGAUCCUAAUUUGAAAGAAUGUCGAGAACUGCUGGAGAGAAUUGACCAAAGGAAAAUCUAUCGUUGUAUGUACCAAGGAGAUAUUUCGUUGAAAGAAAAUGUUGAUAUGAUACUAGAAGAUUACAAAGAUAAAAUCAUCAUCGCACCAGUGAACUUAAACUAUGGAAUGAAGAAUUUAAAUCCGGUUGAUCAUUGUUGGUUUUAUGAAAAGUCAAAUACCAAGGAAUGCUUCACUAUAAAGAAGGAAGAGGUUAGUCAAUUUCUACCUCAAAAAUUCUCGGAAAAGCGUAUUAGAAUUUACUAUAAAGGGGUUGACAAGGAAGAGUAUGAGGAGAUAAAGAAGAAAUUAAUUGAGGAACUAAACAAGCAGCAUACUAAUUAG